UCCGAGGCUUUAGAAAGGAUUUAAUUUUUUUAGCAUGGCAACAAAUCAGGUGUUCAAAUAUACAGCGGUACUUUUGGUCCUGUUGAUGCCAAUGACAUGUGGCUUCCUGUUCACAAAAAAGACUCCACAACAAGGGCAAAACUGGAUGGGCCAAGGACCAGGCUCCUUUCAACAAGGACCUAACAUGAUGGGUCGUGGACCAGGCUCUUUUCAAAAUGGCCCCAAUAUGAUGGGCCCUGGACCAGGCUCUUUUCAGAAUGGUCCAAAUAUGAACGGCCCUGGACCAGGUUCUUUUCAAAAUGGUCCCAAUAUGAUGGGCCCUGGGCCAGUAUCUAAUCGCCAGGGACCAGGGUCGUAUCCCCCGGGACAAAGGCCUAUCUCACCAGGGCCUUAUUUUGCUCAAGGACCCUACCGGCAAGGACCAUACCAAAUGGGUCCCAAUAUGUACCAGGCUUGGCCAGGGCCUCACUCCCUUCCACCACGAAGGCCACUACAACCACCCAAACGAUCGUUUUUCUCGUCCGUCGGACGUGUGUUCUCAAGUCUUUUCCGAUUUGGAAACUUAUUUAUUCCAGCUGCACCAAAGUCUUAAACACAUUAAAUAUAUAUGAAGGCGGACAAAGCCACAAAGGGCGCUUACUGGGCAGAAAGAUGGAAAUUACAAAGAUAAAGAUGUCUCAAUGAAUUGCAAUAUCCAUGAUCCAUGAUAAAAAGUAACAAUUUUAUCCGUUUCUAAGAAACUGCCAGCAAACUCCUUUAGUGUAUAAUUAUAUAGAAAUUACACUGUAUCAGUAAGGUAUCUACCAUGGUACAUACAUAUAAUACAUAUACACUGUAUGUCUUCAAAAUAAUGUAUAUGAAAACGCUGUAUGUUUUCCCUUGAAACAAUAAAAUAGUUUAGUCUCACAGACACCAGAGAAUCAUUCAAAUUGUGUUUUGUAAACCUGGUCGUCUUCCGAGUUUGUCUAGACCUUUCCUGACGAAUUUCGGGUAAUAUAACACCACACUAUAGUUUGUUUUCAUGAUCAGGUCACCGUGAUGUAUGGCAUUAUUGUGAGUUCUUGCAAUACCAUCAAGGAAUAUAUAAAGAAUGAAUAGUCAAUACUAGAAUAACAACAUAAUAAAUUGUCAGUAACAAUCGGUGACCCUGAACAGUCUAACGCGAUGCCAGGACCAUUACAAUGAGGUUUUAGUCCACUACCAUCAUUCUCAUACUCCAUGGGUUACGCUCACUUACACUCUCUGUACCCCUGGGAUAUA